CCCCAACUUAUCAUUUGCAGUCGAGCGUCUCUAAUGUGUAUUGAAAGCUAUCUAUUGUAAACAUUCUAGCAAGUUUUCCUAACUUUCACACGUUUAUAAUAAGAGUUUUCCGAACACGAAACAACAUUGCUGUGUAUAAAUUACACAGCUUAGUCCGCGACAGUUCAACAAGUCCGUUACUAAUAGAUAAUUGUGGAGGAAUUCCAUGCCAUAAAGAUUUCUUUGAGAAUUCACCUUAGGAAUGUUCGACUGUAAUUAGAACGCCUCGAAAUACUAAAACAAGCAAUCGCCGCGUUAUGAAUGAGCAAUCAGAAUUUCACAAGAUCAUUCACCAACAGAGUAAGAGAGAAACAGGUUCGCUCUCUCUAUCUCUGUCUCUGUCGCCGAAUGGCAACCGAAUUAUGAAUGAAAUAGUAAAAGCUCUGUGGACAACAGGUCGCUUGAUCAUCUCCAACGCAAAGGCAGGCAGAAUCGAAAAGCAAACACGAAUGUAAAUACGAGUAUAAAUAAGUGUAUAAUAACUGUGGCGCCAAGCACAAGACAAUGACAAAUCAGACAAUCGAGGGGGUCGGGGGGCGCACGCGAAUCAUUUGGGGUGAAUCACUUGCACUAAAUACGGCGGCUGGCGAGGCUAUGAAAUCAGAAUGGUUUCUCGGAAUGCAGCGCUCAAUUCAAAUAAUUUCAAUAGAGCAAUCGUCUAUUUGUCCAUUUGCCAGUAAUCGUUUCGAAGAGCUUUCGGAUAUCGGUCGCGUAAUGUGCGAUUCCCAUGAAUGCUCGGCGAGUACUAUACUGAGCACUGUGCACUGUGAUCUGGCCGCCUUCUUCGGCAACAUUGGCCAAAAUAAGACACAGAUCCCAAAACAACAGACAGAGAGAGAGAGAGAGCAGGCCAAUCAUAGCAAACAAGUCAUGUUGCUUUUCCAAGAAUAAUGACGCGUCAACAGACAACGCGUGUGCCAGACAGAGACGGUAAAAGAGAGCGAGUGUAUCUUAAUGAAUGAAUUUAUUCAACACUCGAACGACCUUAUGUCUCUCCCCCUCUCCUCACACACACUGCAAACGCCAACAGCUCAGAAACCUGUGCCUGGGGAACUCCAUGAGACAUCAAAAACACACACACGAUUGCGAAUUUGUUUGUCUCGUCAACAAGCAGCGUCGAUGACUCACGCCCCUAGACCGAUGUUCAGCGAGAGUUGCCUACGUCAUGCUUGCGAGUGCGAUGCAAUCUCAAGAGCGUGGCGCAGAUAACUGAACCCCAAAAAGCUUUUAGCGAUCCCUCUGGCAAAUUGAGUGCUCCAAACCGGUACCCAGCUACCGGCAAUGCUUCGGCAAUUGCCGAUUGGGCAUCGGGUGGCUACAGAUUAGCGAUUUGCGCGAAUGACGAACGUUGGGGAGAGAGCUUUCGGCUUUGCUUGAUUUCGUCAUGAGUUUAUCGUCGUACGUUUUGGCUGAUCAUUAGUCGGUUAAACGCGAACCUGUGCAGAUGCGUCUCGGUUGCCUGCUGAUCGAUUGCUGAUCGUUCGAGAAUCGCGUAUAACGUAAAUCGGUCGUUAACUGUUCAAACACAAUUUUCCACUAAAAGAUUUCCAGAAAUUGUUUGCGGAAAGUCGACUUUGGUUUCUUGACCCAAGCUAGUGUAAUUCCCUAGUGACCGCACCGGUGGGAAGAUAAUAUUCGAAACGCGCGCGAGUGAAUCACCGGCUCCCGGACAAACGUUUGUUUAUCCUAAGUCCAUCAACGGACCCAUCCGCGAGUGAUUAAGCAUAUUUUUAGUGACAACCACUUGACAAUGACGUCAAUCGCGAGUGCAAUUAAAUUGGAAACCUCCUACUCCAGUUGAUAAGGUUGUUUAGUGUCGGCAAUAAGUGUCUGCUCAACUUGGGGUAGUCCCAUGGCAAUUCUACUUAGUGUGAACCAAAGUACAACUCAAUUUGAUAGUUUCUUGUGCGGCGCGAGAACUGUGCUGAGCCUUGAUGCCAUGCACCAGGAUGUCCGAUCCAGCAAGGUCAGCGCAUCCGCCCAAGCAACAGAAGCAACAACAAGCACAACAGAGGCAGCGCUGGAUGCAGCGAAGGCGAAGACGACGAGUCCCUUGGCCAGUCGGCCAAGGCGACGACAGCGACAACGUCGACGUAGCAGCAGCAGCAGCGACAGCGAUAGCAGCAGCUCCACCAGCGAUAGCUCCACAUCCUCGAACUCUGACUCCGAGUCGGAUACGAGUAGCAGUAGCUCCAGCAAGAGCAGCCUCAGCUCCAGGCUGCCGCUGCUGGUUAAAUCACAGGGAUUGGAGCUGCCCGACGUGUCCCCGCCUUCUAACAAAUCCAAUGAGGAGCAGGAUCAGGAGGAAGAGGAAGAGAACAAUGGUCCUGGUACACCCGUGUUGCCUGUGGAUCCGCAUGUCUGGACUACCGAGGACAUUGCCAGUUGGGUCAAGUGGCUAACACGCAAGGUUAAGAUCGAUCCCGAGCCGGACAUUACCCGCUUUCCCAAAGAUGGCAACGAGCUCUGCCAGCUGAGUCGGGCCGAUUUCUGGGUUUGUGCUGGCUCCCGUCGAGGAGGCAUUCUCCUGGCCAAGCAUUUUGCCCUCAGUCUAUACAGGGCCACAGGACGAGAGACGAGUCCCAUGCUGAACGAGAAUGAGCCAAAUCCGUAUCAGCUGCUGAACGCUGCCUCUCACCGAUUGGUCGCCCAGGGCUCUGGCGGGCAGAUACAGCUCUGGCAAUUUCUGCUCGAGCUGCUCGCUGAUUCGUCGAACGCCAACUGUAUCAGCUGGGAGGGCCAAUCGGGCGAGUUCCGGCUUAUCGAUCCAGACGAGGUGGCCAAGCGUUGGGGCGAGCGCAAGGCCAAGCCAAACAUGAACUACGAUAAGCUGAGCAGAGCUCUAAGGUACUACUACGACAAGAACAUUAUGACCAAGGUUCAUGGCAAGCGUUACGCCUACAAGUUUGACUUUCACGGCCUGAUGGCAGCUUGCCAGGCACAGGCGCAAGGCUGUGAUCCGGCCAGCAGCAUGAUUAGUUCCUAUAAGCAUCAUCACCACGCUGCUGCUGGCGGCGCUCCACAUGCGAUGCCCCCGCAGCACCUACAGCAUCAUCUGGCGCAUCAUUCCCACUCACAUUCACACACACACACUCAUCAUCCGCACGUUGCACAUCCCCAUGCCCAACUGCUGCAUCACACAUCAGCAACGGAGCUCACUUCGCCGGCGUCCACUUGCUCCAGCCUGGGAUUUCCUUCGCCCUCGACAGCCUCAUCGCUGCCCUCGCCUGGCAAUGUGUCCGCAGUGUUUGCUGGACCCGCUCCCACAGCUGGAUCGUAUGCCGCAGUGACCAGCCAGUCCGCUGGCAGUGCUGCUGACCCGGGACCCAGAACAUCGACAACGCCGAGCUAUGAGCAGCACACCCCGCCCAGCAAUGCAUUUAAUUGAAAUGGCAACCCCAAUUUGUUGGGGUUGUUUACAACAGCACGGCCAUCAACCAGGCAGGCAGAGAGACAACUGGAUGGGGGACUGGACCUGCGCAAGGACCACCCGCUGCGCAUGAGACAACUCUCUCUUUCUUCAUAUCUCCCUCUCUUUCUCUCUCUAUCUGGCUGUCGUCGUCUGCCUGCAAAAAGGGACAUUUCGCUUAAUUCGAGCUACUUUUGGUUAAUUGUGUAAUUUUCAUAUAAUAUGUGAUAAAAUGGAGCAAUGAAGCAGCGUCCACGAGGAUCGCAUCAGCAGCAAAAAGCAAUACCAGAAGGGCAAGUCACCCCCAAACACUUUUCUCCACUUGAAGGGUCACUUUCCGGGCUAAUUUGUUACAUCGUCUGUUAUCUUUGUCGUUGUCGCUU